GGCGGCUCUUCGUGUCAUCAGCAGUAGUGAAGUGAAGUGAGUGACUGUGAAUCAUUGACCAUAUCCUAUCUUGUGAACAUGUGCGAGAAGCAAGCGCAUUCUUUCGUGACCGACUAUUCACACUGGGGUCACUCUUUCAGCCACCUCUCCGAAGUGGACGAGGAGAGGAUAUAUAUGGAUUACAAUGCCACCACCCCUAUGGACUCAGAGGUUGUGGAGACAGUCACAGUUGCAAUAAGGGAGGCUUGGGCCAACCCCAGCAGCAGUUACCUUCCAGGUGUGAAGGCAAGGGAUAUAAUUAACCAGGCGAGAGAGAGUGUCUCUAGAAUGGUUGGAGGAAAACCAGAGGAUAUCAUCUUCACUUCAGGGGGAACUGAGGCAAACAACCUCGUGUUACACACUGCGGUGAAGCAUUUCUGGCAGAGUCGCGAGGUGGCGGAGAGGGAGGGACUGGACAGUUCCCAGCAGAACGGCAGAACCAUUCUACCUCACCUCAUUAUCUCCAGCAUAGAGCACGACUCCAUCCGACUGACAGCUGAACAUCUAGAGAAGGAGGGCAAGGCAGAGGUCACGUCUGUAUCAGUCUCCAAGGUGACCGGUCAGGUUGAGGUGGAAGAUGUGGUUGCCGCGGUGCGCCCCACCACCUGUCUUGUUUCCAUCAUGACUGCCAACAAUGAAACUGGAAUUAUCAUGCCAAUCAAAGAGAUCUGUCAGAAGGUGAGAGCGGUCAAUAAACAGAGACCUCUUCCCAGAAUUCUCCUCCACACAGACGCAGCCCAGGCCAUUGGGAAGAUUCGAGUAGAUGCUCGCGACAUGGGCGUGGAUUACCUGACGAUAGUGGGACACAAGUUCUUUGCGCCUCGAGUAGGAGCACUUUAUGUGAACGGACCUGGUACCAUCUCUCCUCUCUACCCCUUGUUCUUUGGUGGAGGCCAAGAGCGCAAUUUCAGGCCAGGCACUGAAAAUACUCCAAUGAUUGCUGGACUAGGAAAGGCUGCCGAGCUGGUGAACACGCACCUGUCAGAGUAUGAAACACAUCUCCGCGACAUCAGAUGCUACCUGGAGGAGAGACUAUUGGCUGUGUUUGGGGCAGAUAAAAUCCGCUUCAACAGUAAUUUCCCCGGUUCUGACAACCUUCCAAACACGUGCAAUAUAUCCAUCUUGGGUCGAGGAUUUGUGGGUCGCCGGGUGCUGGCCACCUGCAGGAGACUUCUAGCUAGCGUCGGCGCCGCCUGCCACUCGGGCCAAGUUGAUCGGCCCUCCCGUAUCUUGCUGAACUGUGGAGUGCCUUAUGACGUAGCAACCAAUGCUCUACGUCUGAGCGUGGGGCGGAGCACCUCACGAGAGGAUGUGGACAUAGUGGUGGAGGACCUUAAGCAGACGAUAGAUGUGCUGGAAAGAAUGAACUAGUACUUUUGCACCACAAGGAAGGGGAUUUCUGUGCGAUAGCACAAACCAUUGAUCAGAACUCACUGUAAUGAUUAACUGAGUUGUAUUUAAUUUUUUUCCUUUCAAAUAAUAUUUUAAUAGAUGAAAUACUAUUUAAAUUGUUAUUUUGAAUUUUAGUUGUAUUAAUUCUGUAUUUACAGUAGUUCAAUUCUUCAAACGGUCUUUGGUUCUCUCAAUGAAGUACCGACCGUGCUAGAAGUUCAGUCAAGUUCAGUCAACUUAAUAUCUGAGCAUAGUCAUGCAUUUUUGCUCUUUGACCCAAUACCCAGGGGCUUUUAAACACUACAUUAGAUGUGGCACAUGGGAUUGCCAAAAGGAAGAUAGCCAUGUGCAGACAUGUAACACAAGAUUCAACUUUCCUGUAAAGGAAUUAAAUUCUGACUGAGCAUGCAGAUGUGCCUCCACUCUGCUUGCUGCCACACGUGAACACUAGCUUGUGAGUGAAGGCUAGCUCAUCAACUUCGUCAGUCCCAUCAUUAACCCAUCAUUUUGCAUCAGGGCACACCAAUGUGAUUCCUAGACAUUUUCCCCAAAUCCUGUGACACCACUGCUGUUACACUUUAUAAUCAAAAUGCACCAGAUGAUGUGUGCCACUCAGUAAACAGAUUGUCUGAAGCUGAGAUCAGUUCUUCCUAGAAUGGUGAACCUCGACCAAGUUACAGAUGCUGCAGUUGGCUUUCAUGUCACAACAUUCAUUCCUCACAGUUGUUGUUUCAAACUCAAACACAAACUUGUUCAUGAAACUCUGGUUUUCUUCACCGGCUCCAUACUGCCAGACACUAGACUACUUGUUUGAUGGGAAAUUACCCUGUGCCUGUGGCAUCCGUUCUUUGCAAGAGGUCUGUAAGAGUUUGGAUGAUAACUUAAAUACCAAUGACAUUAGGAAGGAUGGUGCAAAUGAAGCCAUGUCAUACAGCCAUGAAGGACGUUUAUAACUAGCGUCUCCAUUCAUCUGCUGAAAUGGACAGUUUGAUCAUUACAAAGUACUACCAAAGUCACCGGGUUCCCACGGGUCAUGGAAUUUCUGGAAUAUCACGGAAAUUUGAGUGUCUAUUCCAGAUAUGGAAAGUCAUGGGAUUUUAUCAUUUGUGGGGCAAGGUCAUGGAAUAUUAGGGAAUUUUGUAGUAGCAGGUUAAAAUUUACUUGCCAAAAUACAUGAAUGCAAAUAUACACAGAAUUGAUAAAUAUAUCUGGUAAUUAGCUUUACUGCUGGCUUGAGUGGUUGUGGUUAGGUUAACUUUGCUUAUUCAAUGCCCACUCUAAAAAAAAAGUAAAAGAUUCUUGAAUGCUAUGCGGCUAAUCUUAAAUCUUCAUUCAUUGUAAGUACUGUAGGUCAUGGAAAUUCAGGUUUGUUUUCCGGGAAAGUCAGGGAAAAGUCAUGGAAUUUUACAUCUGACUUAGAGUGGGAACCUUGUAUACAGUAUAUUACAUUUGUUUGCUUGAAUCAGGGUACAACUUUAUCCAGUGUCUUUUUUUCUCUUUAUUUCAAUAUUCUUUUUUAUAAAUUAUCAUUUUAAAGAUUUCUGGGCUGUUUGCAUGAAUAUGUUGUUAUUUGAUAUGCAUCAGAAUAUUUCAAAUUAUUGUUUAUUUGGGAUAUGAAAAAAAUUGUUUCAAAUGUUUUUUAAUAAUGUAAUAUUUUGCUAAUUUGUGUAUAAAAAGAUUCUUGCACUUUAUCUAUUAUCUCUUGAUAGACCCUUGAUCAAAACAAAUGUGAACUGUGACCACAAAAGAAAAGUUUAACAAUACAGAAAUAAUGUAGAAACAGUGGAAACUGUUAUAUAAUGAUUGGUCCAUUAACAUUGGUUCCAGUGGAGUAGCAUGGCACUGAGCUUAAGGUCAUUGGCCAGAGCUAAAUGAAUUUCAGCUGGUAGUAUGCUAUCUCCUUUAACCUUACUUUUACUUCCCUCUUUCAGUGUUAAUCUGAUAAUGCUCUGAUAGAGCACCAUUAAAGUUCCAAUGGAUCGACCUGA